GCGGAAACGAACAACACCGUUUAUAGGUUCAGCCUUGCUGCUGGCUCUCUCGCCCCCGCACGGGCCACGCUUCUCGGUCCGAUUCACGAGAGCUCGUGCUCGUGCAGCUCUUUCGCCUUCCGCCCGCCGCCCAUGAGGCAGCGCCGCGAUGUCGAGAGCGCACUGGACAUGGACCUGGACAGCAUCAUCGAGUCGGAGCUCGGCGGCAAGGCCGGGGCGCGGCCGUACGGCAAGGCCAGGGGCGGCCGCGCCGGCCACGAGCGCUCCUCGCCGUUCGCGCUCUCGGGCUGCAGGGGCGCGGGCAAGGGGAGCGCCCCGGCCAGCUGCCGAGUGUUCGUCGGGAACCUGCCGUACAGCGUCCGGUGGCAGGAGCUCAAGGACCACAUGCGGUCGGUGGGCGACGUCGUGUUCUGCGAUAUCAUGGAGGAGCCGGGCACGGCCCUCAACUCCAAGG